AUGGCCUUGCGGUUGGUCCAGGACUUGCUGCAACGUUGCGACCCAUCUUAUGGCAUUGGCACUGUGACUUCUAGUGUGUGGGACACUGCCUGGGUUUCAAUGCUACGUUCUAAAGAUGGAAAAUCAUGGGCAUUUCCCGAAUGCUUUGAGUAUCUGGUGAAAUCUCAAGCUUCUAAUGGAGGGUGGGGCAAUCCAUUCAGAGACAUUGAGCAGAUCUGCUGCUCCUUGGUAGCCAUAUUGGCAAUUAAAACUCGAUUGAAUACCCUAUGCGAAUACUCUGAGGAGCAGUGGCUUGAGAUUGAUCUUCGUUGCAGCCGCGCAAUCCAGUUCGUCAAAGAUAAUCUACCAUCAUGGAGCAUCGAUAAUACAGAUGACACCUUGCCUGUUGGUCUGGAGCUGUACCUCCCGGUUCUUCUGCUGCAACUGGAGAGAUACGGUGUUAGUUUCAAUGUCCCUGGAAUCGAGCGUGUCAAUAAAAUGCGCGAAAUGAAAUUGCGUAAGAUCCCAGCUGAAGCUUUGUACGGCGAGUCCAAACUGGCCGGGGCUUACUCGCUGGAGGGUUUCAUUGGACACGUCGACUUUGAUCAGAUCAACCACCAGAAAGGGCUUGGCUCAUUGUGUGCUUCGCCUGCUUCAACGGCAGUGUACCUGAUGUAUCGUUCUUCGUGGGAUGAUGAUGCUGAGGCAUAUCUACGCCAUAUCGUCAAUCUUAGCAUCAAUCAAGAGGGACGCGGUAUUCCAGACUUUUACCCAUCGACGACAUUUGAAACUUCGUGGGUUGUGUCAACCUUGCUUGAGUCUGGAUUCUGUCCGAACGAUUUCAGCCUCGAUUGCAGAGAGAAAGUCAUCACAAUGCUUCAAAGUGAGCUAAAAGAACAAGAUGGGGUUACUGGAUGGUCGAGAGGGUUACUACCAGACCCAGACGAUACGGCAAAAACGUUAUCUACACUAUAUCUUUUGGGAGCUCCGCAUUCCCCGGAUGCUUUAUUAAGAACAUACGAGGGCAAAGACCAUUUCUUCACAUACCCUCAGGAGCGGAACCCCAGUGUGAGUGUCAAUGCUAAUGUGCUCAUGUGCUUGCUCCAUCUGUCUCAAGGAGCGGACUAUAGCAUAGCAAUUGAAAAGUGUGUGCGCUUCCUUUGUGGCAGGUGGUGGGACGGACAGUUGCAGGACAAAUGGAACCUGUCAAUGUUCUACACUAUGAUGUUGAUCACCCGUUCCUUUUCCCACUACCUGAUCAAGCUAGAUGAAGGUCAUGUCAAGCCUCUACCUAAUGACCUUCUACACCACCGUCUACCAGCUGUCCUGGUUCAGGCGAUGAGUCGAGUUCUUCUCAUGCAAUGCCCAGAUGGCUCCUGGGGGCCGCACCAAUCCAAGGAAGAGACCGCCUACGCUGUGCUUCUCCUUCAGGAUGUUUGUUCACUACCAUUUACUAAGCAAUUCCGAGUGGUGUGUGAAGACGCUAUCAAACGUGCCCGUGAUUUCCUACGUUUGCGGCCAGAGCUGCCAUACAGCAAUCAUUUGUGGAACGCGAAGAUUACCUGCUACAUUCCAACCAUCAGUAAAGCCUAUAUACUGAGCGCCUUGAAUGGAAUGGCCUACCAUGAGUUUAGUGACACUAUUGAAUCACUUUUCGUGCUCCAGCCUGAGGUGGUAGCUAAGCAGGUCGCCCUUUACGCAAAACUGCCUUCUUUCGCAUCGGUCCCGCGAUGGAUGCUCGAGGCCUCGGCAAUAGAGGCCCAAUUCUUUUCUCAGAAGAUGCCAGACAUCAACAUACUAGAUCAGAAGCUUGCACUUGAUUCUGCUUACCACUUCAAUCUUGCACUUUCCCUGUUGGCCAAGGGGCAUGCCGCCUUCGUGGAAUACGAGAAAAUCGUCCAUGGAGCUUUUAGCGAAAUCGCCGUCGAAUACCCCCACCUCGUUGCUGAUACGCGAAACGGCAUUCCUCCUCCGAGUUCUUCAAUUUCACAGGCACCCCUUGAUGGCGUUGGUUUGAAUGAAGCAAUUGGUUAUUGCACUUCUUGGAUGUUGGAAAAUCCUGUCGUGAAACGAGCAAGUCUGUACGAUCGGACUAGCCUACUCGUGGAAGCCCGACAUGUGUGGCUGAGCAACAUGUUCCAAAUGCACUACAGCCACACGUUCCACGUCACCUGCCACGCAACAUCCGACAACUUCGCGGCAGUAGGCUAUCGGUUUCACCGCUGGGCUCAUGGAAUCGGAGCUGACAGCUCAUUUGCCCCUGUGCUCCUCGCUUUUAUCAUCUGCUUGGUGAGCACCGGCGGAGAGGAUGUGUUUCCUACCGCCAUCGGGAAGUACCUCGUGCAGGACUGGGCGCGACGGACAGCGGUCGAAUCAAGGCUGCGAAACGACUUUCCUACGUGGGAGAAAGAUCGCCAGAACAGUAACAUCAACUCUCUUGACUUCCUGGAGUUCCACAACGAGAGGAUAACCAGCCGCCGGGUCGAUGCGGCAAAGGAACAGCUGGGCCAGGUCAUCAAAUUUGAACAUGAUAUGGCUGAUAGAUGUUGGCAGAAACUGCGGGAUGUUGCUGAACCGCGAUCGGCAAAGGUUAUGGCUGGUCUUUGCUUUUAUCGCGCUGUGACGGAAGCCCACCUGGAUCUAUAUGCACUGCGUGAUCCUUAUCAGAGUUACAAAGCUGAUCCAAGUAAAGCAUAA